AAGAAAGCGUGCCGGCCCUAACAUGGAGGCGCCCAUGAGCGCGCGCCGUAAGGCCCUUGUAGGCUCCGAGCUCCCGGUUCUGCCAGGCGGGGCGGCGCCGUACGGAAAUUUCCCCAACUACUCCUGCUUCCAUCCGCCCGAGGGACGCGUCUGCCUCUUACCUGCAACUCUUUUGAGCAAGCUGUUCCCAAACCCGCGUGCGGGGCCCCUUUUGGGCCUGGAUGUUGGAUGCAAUUCAGGGGAACUCAGUGUUGCCCUCUACAGACACCUCCUUGGCUUUACCAGUCCGGAGAAUUCGGUAGAUGGAAAGGACCUUUGCCUUCUCUGCUGCGACAUUGAUGCGGAGCUGAUUGAGAGAGCCAAACAACACAGCCCUUUCCCUGGUUCCAUUUCCUACGCCACUCUUGAUAUCAUGGACCCCAGUGCAAGGGAGACCCUGCUGAGCUCCUAUUUGAACAAGUUUGGCCGCUCUUGGUUUGAUAUUUGCUUCUGCAUGUCUGUGACUAUGUGGAUCCAUCUGAAUCAUGGGGACGGUGGCCUGGUGAAAUUCUUAGCUUGCCUCGCCUCUCAGUGUACGUACUUACUCCUUGAACCCCAGCCGUGGAAAUGCUACCGUGCAGCUGCUCGGCGCCUGCGGAAGUUGGGCCGGAAUGACUUCGACCACUUCCAUUCGCUCACCAUCAAAGGGAACGUGGCUGAGAAGAUAACUCAGAUCCUGACGAGAGACUGCGCCAUGGAGUUUGUGUGUUGCUUUGGAAGCACUAGCUGGGACAGGAGCCUCUUGCUCUUUAAAUCGACAGAGAAAAAGCAUUUGGGAUAAUUCAGGACUUGUGCAUUCCUGCAUUUAGUCAAAGAGGAAGUGGCAGGUUAUUGGGAGAACCAACCCUUUUGCCUGCUGUGAUUGAACUGUAAGAGUAACAUGGAAUCUUGAAAAUCAUACAUUUUUUAUAGCAAAUUAUUUUCAAGCUUUACCAAUAUACCUUGACUCUUGCUGCAAGCUCAACAUUUUGGAGACAGAUGCUGAACAGAGGAUUCCCACUAGAUGGGAGCAAGGUUUAACGUAAUGCUUUUAUCCUCCAGAAACAGGAGAGUAGAUAUGCCCGGUUUCUGUACCUCAUAAGUUUUGCAAUUCCUUUCUCAUCACAGAAAGUUGAUUUCUGUUAUUUCUGAAAUAAAGCCUUGUAUCUUUCUAGGCUUUUUCUUUUGGCCCUA